UUGGAGGUAAAUUUUUUAAAAGGAGAAGGAUUUGAAAAACCCUAAAUCGCUCUCUUUGUGAAACCAAGACCCGACACCAGUUCUCCGGCGACUUAUUUUCUCUUGAAACUCCGGCGACCGACCAUUCUCCACCUUGUGUUUAUUUAGGAAGACCGCCCCGAUUCUGGGAGGCCCAAUUUGGACUGCAACCUUGAUUCAUCCAUGUCUCGCCGCAGCCACUUCGACGGCGGUGACAAGGAGCUUCCCGCCAGCGAGGAAGACGAUGAAGAUGAUCUGGUUGAUGAUGACAUGGAAACCCUCCGAAGAGCGUGCAGGCUUGCUGGAGUUAAUCAUGAGGAUUAUAUCAAUCCCCGGCUUUCGUUGCCUGCCGCCGGAGAUGCUAAUCUAGGUUCUGAUUCUGAUGAUGUUGAUGAUCUCGAACUUCUUCGGAAUAUUCAGAACCGGUUCUCGAUUGCGGCCGAUGAGCAGCCGCUGAGUAUUCUCCCACCGGUUACCGCGGACGAGGAGGAAGAUGAUUUCGAGAUGCUACGUUCGAUUCAGCGGCGCUUUGCGGCGUAUGAAAGUGAUAUUUUGAGCAAUAAACCUGAUCAAUCUUGUGACUUGGAUGGGCCUCUAAAGAUGGAUUCUGAGAACACAGAUGUUGAAAGAUUGACAUCCUCAGAAAGGUCAUCCAUGAUAGCCUUUGAAAAGGGAAGCUUGCCAAAGGCUGCUUUGGCUUUUAUUGAUGCCAUCAAGAAGAAUAGGUCCCAGCAGAAGUUUAUUCGUAGUAAGAUGAUUCAUCUUGAGGCUAGAAUUGAGGAGAACAAAAAACUCAGAAAACGUUUCAAAGUUCUCAAAGGUUUCCAGGGUUCAUGUAGACGAAAAACAACUUGUGCCCUGACUCAGAUGGUAGAUCCUCGAGUCCAGUUAAUAUCAGCUGGAAAACCACAGGCAAAGGAUUCAUCAAAGAAGGACAAACGAUUAUCUUCAAUGUGUUAUGGCCCAGCUGAGAAUUCUCAUGUUGCUUGCUACAGAACAGCAUGGACAAAGUUUCAUCCUGUAGAUCGAAAAAGAUGGUCCAAUUUUGAAAGGGAGAAUCUAGGCAAGGGAAUAAGACAGCAAUUCCAGGAGAUGGUGCUUCAGAUUUCAGUGGAUCAAAUUAGUGAGAUACAAGGAUUUUCAGCAGAAUCAGAUGAUCUGGAUAACAUUCUUGCAUCAAUAAAAGGCCUCGACAUCACUCCUGAAAAGAUUAGGGAAUUUCUGCCAAAAGUUAAUUGGGACAAAUUGGCUUCCAUGUAUCUUCGGGGUCGUUCAGGGGCAGAAUGUGAAGCGAGGUGGUUGAAUUUUGAAGAUCCCCUAAUUAACCGGAAUCCAUGGACUACAAGUGAGGAUAAGAAUCUUUUGUUUACUAUCCAACAGAAAGGAUUGAAUAACUGGAUUGAACUGGCAGUUUCGUUGGGAACAAACAGAACUCCUUUUCAGUGCUUGUCUCGGUAUCAAAGGAGUUUAAACGCUUCCAUAUUAAAGAGUGAGUGGACUAAAGAUGAGGAUGAUAAACUUCGAUCUGCUGUUGCUGUAUUUGGUGAGGGAGAUUGGCAGGCCGUAGCUUCUACUUUGGAAGGGCGAACUGGUCCACAGUGCUCUAAUAGGUGGAAAAAAUCCCUUGAUCCAGCUAGGACAAAAAGAGGCUAUUUCACUCCAGAUGAAGACAGUCGCUUGAAAAUUGCUGUACUGCUUUUUGGGCCUAAAAAUUGGAACAAGAAAGCAGAAUUUUUACCUGGCCGAAAUCAAGUUCAAUGCAGAGAAAGAUGGUUCAAUUGUUUAGAUCCUUCCUUGAGAAGAUGUGAAUGGACAGAAGAGGAGGAUCUAAGGCUAGAGAUAGCAAUUCAGGAACAUGGAUAUAGCUGGGCUAAGGUAGCUGCAUGCGUGCCAUCACGUACAGAUAAUGAGUGCCGGAGGAGAUGGAAGAAGUUAUUUCCCAAUCAAGUUCCUUUGCUCCAGGAAGCUAGAAAGAUUCAGAAGGUUGCUCUUAUCAGCAACUUUGUUGAUAGGGAAUCCGAGCGGCCUGCUCUUGGUCCUACUGACUUUCGACCUGUACCUAAUUCACAUUUAUUAUGUAAUACUGAUGAUCCAGAAACUGCCCCAAAAAGAAAUGUGAGGACGAGAAGGAUGCCAGUGUCAAGGAAUGAAAAGAGUGCUAAUGGUGAUGCUCCAAAGAGGAGGAAAUCAAAUAACCAGAGGAAUCGAGCUGAUGAAACGGCUCAGGUGGAUUUUGGAAAUAAUACAUCUUCUGUCCCAGAGGUUAAAUCUACAAAACCUCAAAGAAAACGAACUAGACAUGGAGCUUAUACCACUAGGAGGAAAGGGGCUCCGAAGAUAGGUUGUAAUAGUGAGAGAUGUGCAGAACAGAAUUCGGACACUCGGAGCGUUGAGGUGCAGUUGAAUUGCAAGGAACCAGCAGAGAGGAUCAACAGUGACUGCCCUGAGACUGUUGAUGAGAAUGGUAUGGAGGUAUUUGAGAACAAAGCUGCAGAGAUGCAUUCUGAAGGAGUUGUAUGCUUUUCAGAACAAGAAGAAAAUCAAAACUCUACCGGAUCUUCUGGGGUGUCCGUACUGUCAGAAAUGACUAAUGACAUGGACGAAUAUAACCCUUCUACUCUUCCUGAUACAACGUUGCUGGCUAGUAUUACUGCGGAUGAUAUUAUAGAAACGAAGGGCGUGAACGUUGCAGACAAAGAUCUGGAUGACAGUAACAGUUUCUCAUUACCACAAAGUUGCUUAGAACUCAGGACAACUGACAGUGAAGGUGUUGACAGCUAUUCUGUGGAUGAAUUCACUGAUAAAAGCCAUGGGGUUUGCAAGCCCCAAGGCAGAAGGAAGAAAAAUAGCAAAAGAUCAAAUAAGAGCCAGGACUCGUUGGUUUCUUGUCAACAAGCAGAGCUGGAGAUGUCUGGGACGAAUGAGCUUCAUCGUUGUAAUCAAUCAAAGAAGAGAAAGCAUAGCGGUACAAAUACGAGUCCAUUAGGAACAAUGGAAGCCGUUGAAGAGGUUGAUGACUGCACUCUCCAGGGCUUUUUGCAAAAAAGAUUGAAGAGGACGACAACCACACAUGACAAGAAAGUGGAUGGCAGUUCAAGCACUCCCCCUGAAGUUGAUAAUGACGACAAUGAUCCAACCCUUGCCUUGCUUCUCAAUGAUAAAUUGAAGAGAAAAAAGCAUUAAGCGCAUGGUGGAGAUGUUGCAUUGUUGAGAUAUUUGAAGCAACAACUUCAAUGCAUGAAGUUGAUGGAGAUGUCGGAUGGAAAGGCUGUAGGAACAAAGCUUCUUCCUAAGGCGGUGCAAAUGAUGGCUAAAUGCUAAAAACUAUAGGAGGUUUGAUUCUAUAGUUGCGGAAUAUAUUUGAUUUUUGAUUUAGCGAAGAGGAGUUGGAAGUUUUCUUUAGUUAUGUGGGCCAUUUUUUAAAGCUGGUUUCCUUCCCUUUGAGGAGAAGGGUGCUGGUUGCCCCAUAUUCACAGCGAGCAAAUUUUGAAGAGUUGCCCGGUAGUGAUGAUAAUCUUCUUUUUGUACAUUUCUCACCAUCUUUAGUACGUGUAUAGGUUUUUAUUAUUUUCUCCGUUCUUUUUUUCGGGAUUCAAACUUUUGUCUACUAGAGAAGUACAUGUCAAUUAUUAUAGACCUAUAUUCAUUUUUUUUU